AUGGUGCAACAAAUAGAGGACAAGAUAAAAAUUAGCAAGGAUUGUUUAAAGAUUUCUUCGGAUAGACUAAAGUUGCUAGCUGAUCUAACAAGGUGUGACAUUGAAUAUCAAGUUGAAGAUAAAGUAUUCUUAAAGGUGUCUCCAUGGAAAAAGAUAAUGAGAUUUGGAAAAAAUGGAAAACUUAGUCCCCGAUUUUUUGGACCUUAUGAGAUACUUGAAAGGGUUGAACAAGUUGCAUAUAAAUUGGCUUUACCACCUGAAAUAGACAAGAUCCACAAUGUCUUCCAUGUUUCUAUGCCUAGAAGAUACUGUUCGGAUCCAUCUCAUGUUCUUCAAGUUGAAUCUAUUGAGGUCAAUUCCAAAUUGACGUAUAAUGAAGGACCAAUCCUAAUUCAAGCUCGGGAAGUACAUAAUCUUAGCAACAAGACAAUCCCCUUAGUAAAGGUACUUUGGAGUAACUAUUCUGGAAAAAGAAGCUACUUGGGAGAGAGAAAAAGACACGAGGACCCAAUAUUUGCACUUUUUUCGGGACUAGAGUAA